AGAGCCAAGAUGCCUGCCCACCUGCUGCAAGAAGAGAUAUCUAGCACCUACACAACCACCACCACCAUCACAGCGCCCUCCUCCAGAAUCCUGCAGAAUGGAGGAGGCAAGUUGGAGAAAACUCUCCUACACUUGGAGGAAGAAAUCCGCCCUGAAAUUAAAGAUGAUAUCUAUGACCCUAGCUACAAGGAUAAGGAGGGUCCAAGGCCCAAGACUGUGUAUGUCUGGAGAAACAUCAUCCUUAUGUUUUUGCUGCAUGUGGGAGCCCUGUAUGGGAUCACACUGGUUCCCACCUGCAAGUUCUACACCUGGCUCUGGGGGCUUUCCUACUAUAUUAUCAGUGCCUUGGGCAUAACAGCCGGAGCUCACCGCCUAUGGAGUCACCGAACUUACAAAGCUCGGCUUCCCCUGCGGGUCUUUCUGAUCAUUGCCAACACAAUGGCAUUCCAGAAUGAUGUUUUUGAAUGGGCCCGAGACCACCGUGUCCACCACAAGUUUUCUGAAACGGAUGCUGAUCCUCACAAUUCCCGCCGUGGCUUUUUCUUCUCUCACGUGGGUUGGCUGCUUGUGCGCAAACACCCAGCUGUCAAAGAGAAGGGCGGUUUGCUGGACUUGUCUGACCUAAAAGCUGAGAAGUUGGUGAUGUUCCAGAGGAAAUACUACAAACCUGCCAUGCUGUUGAUGUGCUUCAUCCUGCCCACUCUGGUGCCAUGGUGUCUCUGGGGUGAAACUUGGGAACACAGCUUGUUUGUUAGCACUUUCCUGCGUUAUGCCAUAGUGCUGAAUGCCACUUGGUUGGUGAACAGUGCCGCCCACCUCUACGGCUAUCGACCUUAUGACAAGAACAUUGGCCCUCGAGAGAAUAUCCUGGUUUCACUGGGAGCUGCGGGUGAGGGUUUCCACAACUACCACCACUCCUUUCCCUAUGACUACUCAGCCAGUGAGUAUCGUUGGCACAUCAACUUCACUACAUUCUUCAUCGACUGCAUGGCUGCCCUUGGUCUGGCUUAUGACCGGAAGAAAGUGUCCAAGGCCACCAUCUUGGCCAAGAUUAAGAGAACUGGAGAUGGAAGCUACAAGAGUGCCUAAGUUUUGGGUCCCUCAGGUUCCUUUUCCAAAAGCCAGUGGGGAAGAGAUGUAAUGAUCUGUUUAUUAACUACUGAAUAAUGCUAACAGGAUGCUAAAGAUGAUGUUAACCCAUUCCAGUACAGUAUUCUUUUAAAAAUGCAAAAGUAUUGAAAGCCAA